AUGAAUUGUGAAUCGGCGGCAUCUCUAACUGUGGGCUGCCGUCUUCAAGUGCGCAUACGACAGUCGAACGACUGGCAAAUGGCGGAGAUCGUAAGCAUUCGGAAGAUGGGGGAUAAGCGAAAGUUCUAUGUGCACUACGAGGAUUGCAACAAGCGAUUGGAUGAAUGGGUCACCGAGGAGAAUUUAAAUCUGCGCGAUGUGCAAAGACUUCCUUGUGUUGACCAGACCUCGGAAAGUCAGGAAAAAAUAAUGCUAACGACACCAAAGAAAUGUGGAAGGCGCAAACAUCGCAAGCACGUAAAGAAGGAAGAAAAUAGUUCAAAAACAACUUCAAAUGAAUGUGAUCCACAGGAGGGGAUGAUAACCAAUUCACGACAAAAGAAAAAUGAAACCCUUGUGAAGAAUGUCGAAAUGAUUGAGUUGGGACGGUAUCGUAUAAAGCCCUGGUACUUCUCGCCGUAUCCAAAAGAACUUUGUCAAAUGGAUUGUAUUUAUCUGUGCGAAUUUUGUUUGAAGUAUUGCAAGAGUCGCUUUUGCCUGGGACGUCAUUUAUCCAAGUGUACAUUGAAGCAUCCGCCUGGUAAUGAGAUCUAUCGCAAGGAUACUAUAUCCUUCUUUGAGAUUGAUGGACGCAAGGACAAGGUGUAUGUUCAGAAUUUAUGUUUGCUUUCGAAACUUUUUCUCGAUCACAAGUUAAUUGACUUUGCCGUGGAUCCAUUUCUGUUCUAUGUGAUGACUGAGUUUGAUUCACGUGGAUUUCACAUUGUUGGCUACUUUUCCAAGGAGAAAAUAAGCGAUCAGGACUACAAUUUAGCCUGUGUAUUGACCUUGCCGCCAUAUCAGCGCAAAGGCUACGGUAAAUUGCUCAUUGAGUUUAGCUACGAACUCUCCCGAUGCGAGGGAAAAACUGGUUCUCCGGAGAAGCCGCUCUCUGAUCUUGGACUGCUCUCCUAUCGUUCCUAUUGGACGCAGGCUAUACUCGAGAUUCUGAUCAACCCGAAUCCCGGACCUAAUGGCGAUAGACCUUCGACAGCUAUAAAUGAUAUCUCCGAGAUUACGGCCAUACAUAGUGGCGAUGUUAUAUAUACACUAAAAAGCCUCAACCUGGUUAAGUACUUCAAGGGUAAGCACAUAAUCUGUCUAAAUCAUGACACUAUCGAACAGCAUCGAUCUGCAAUGAAGAAGCGUAAGAUACGCAUCGACUCCUCGUGCCUACGUUGGACCCCAAAAGAUUGGGCAAAGUGAUCAACAAAUAAUGGCGUACAUUGAUCCAACAAUGAG